GUUUACCUCAAUGUGUUUUUUCGUGUCAAAGGUCUCUUUCUAUGGUUGCGUUGAAAACCCAAAACAGCGACCAUGAAGCUGAAUAUCAGCUACCCAGCCACUGGCUGUCAGAAGCUUAUUGAAGUGGAUGAUAUCAACAAAUUGAGGCCAUUUUUCGACAAGCGUAUGGCACAUGAAAUGUCAUGUGAACAUCUUGGUGAUGAGUGGAAGGGAUAUGUGGUAAGAAUUGGUGGAGGAAAUGACAAGCAGGGUUUCCCAAUGAAGCAAGGUGUGUUGAGUGCUGGCAGAGUACGUCUUCUGCUCAAGAAAGGCCAGUCCUGCUACCGCCCUCGCAGGAAGGGAGAAAGGAAACGCAAGUCUGUCCGUGGAUGCAUUGUGGAUUCCAACCUUUCUGUACUGAAUUUGGUUAUCAUCAAAAAAGGAGAAGGCGAGAUCCCAGACCUUACUGAUAAAACAAUUCCUAGGCGACUUGGACCUAAAAGGGCUGGAAAAAUCAGAAAGCUUUUCAACUUGUCCCGUGAGGAUGAUGUGCGCCAGUACGUAGUAAGGCGCCCUCUUCCACAGAAGGAAGGAAGCAAGAGAAAAUGCUUCAAAUCGCCGAAGAUCCAGAGACUCAUUACUCCACAGCGUCUCCAGCGUAAAAGACAUGAGAUCGCAAUGAAGAAGCAACGUGUGAAGAAGAACCGUGACGCUGCUGCUGAGUACGCCAAGCUGCUUGCUCAACGACAAAAGGAGAAGAGAGAUGCUGUGAUGAAGCGAAAGCGUUCAGCAUCGGCCAGGGAAUCUCACCGUCAGUCACAAUCCGACAAGUAAAUACAGUCUGGUAAUGAGUGCAACAUGUAAUAAUCAAAGUGGAUAGGUGAUAUUAAAAAUGCUUGAGGAACUGAA